AUGACUUUGUUACACUGCGCUAAUCGCAUCAACCAGAGCCGUCCUGGAUCCAACCACUCCGGCCUGGUACCCAGUUGUGUGAGUGAGGGGAAGAACUGGCCUGCUUUGAUCAUUCUGCUCAUCAUCUUCUUCACCGUUGGUGGGAAUAUUUUGGUAAUUCUGGCCGUGUCCUUGGAGAAGAAGCUGCACAAUGCCACGAACUUCUUCCUGCGCUCGCUGGCUGUAGCAGACCUGCUGGUGGGAGUCCUGGUCAUGCCUGCGGCGCUCAUCAACCUGCUCUACAAUUACUCGUGGCCUCUGCCCCACGUCUUCUGUCCCAUGUGGAUCUUCCUAGAUGUGUUCUUCUGCACCGCCUCCAUCAUGCACCUGUGUGCCAUUUCUCUGGACCGCUACAUCGGCAUCCGAAGCCCGAUCCAACACAGCUGCACCAACUCCCCCUACAGGGCCAUGACCAAGAUCACUGCAGUCUGGACCAUCUCCAUGGUCAUCUCUUUGCCCAUCCCUGUGAUCAGCCUGCAGGAUGAGCAGAAGUUCCUGGUGAAUGGCAGUUGUGUUCUUACUGAGCCGCGCUUUGUGCUGGUGGGUUCCUCUGUGGUGUUCUUUCUCCCCCUCGUUAUCAUGGUGGUGUGCUACUGUCUGACCAUGCGGGUGCUGCAGCAGCAUCUCGCCACCUUCUCUCCUGAGCACAGGAACUGUGCUAACACCAGGAGCCUAACUCCAUCGCCACAGCCCAGCCUCCUGAGUGAUGCCCCGUCCACUCGUUCUAAUUCCCCAAACAAAGGCGCGCUGCAGCACCUCAGCCCUCCGCUAAGGCUGCGUGACUGUGCAGGUCCACGUGGUCAGGGCAAACGCCGCAUGGCACAAGCCAUCAAGAAUGAGCGUAGGGCCUCCCAGGUCUUGGGUGUGGUCUUUUUUCUCUUCCUGGUCAUGUGGUGCCCGUUUUUUAUUACUAACGUGUUGAUCGCCGCGUGCCAGGAUGGCUGCAGUAAAUGCCUGCUCAGACUGAUGGACAUUUUCGUAUGGUUGGGCUACGCUUCCUCCGGAGUCAACCCGCUCAUCUACACCCUGUUUAACACGAACUACCGUCAAGCGUUCUCCCGCUACCUGAGCUGUCGCUAUAACACACAGGCUAAACCUGUACUCAGUAACUCAGCCUGUCAGGUUUACUCCGUUACACCCACCCCAGUGCUGUGUGAGAGGAGCGUCACAGACACUAAUGCUAACGGCUUUUUAGGCCGAGAUGCUGAAAGUGAGAUGCUGAAAGAAGGCGUUAGCGAUUUUGCUAGCUCCACCGAUAACAUCAGUAGAGUGUGA